AUGUCUUCUGCAAUCUCACAUCAUUCAAAUAAAAUACGGGCGCCGGACCCCACAUUAUCUCUCAAGCAAGCCUUGGUGCAAUUCGAGGACAUCCUGACAGACGACCAAAAGCAACAGUAUCAGACAAGUACUACGAAGCCAGAUGCCGCGAGCGUCAUCGCAUUCGUCGCAGAGAUCGAUUCCAACAAAAAUAGCACGGCAAGAAGAUGUGUAGCGCCAAGAUUGCACACCUUUCUACAGGCGACACAACAGUUUAGUAGCAUUGUGGAUACAUUUGUCAGUUCCAAUCCUCAAAUCGCUGCUCUAGUAUGGGGAGGCAUCAAGACGGCAAUUUUGACAGCAAGCAAUAUCGCAUCGUACUUUGACAAAGUCACGAGUAUGAUUAUGGCGAUCGGCAAGUCAUGUCCGACAUAUCAGCAAUUCGGUCAUCUGUACCCCGGCUGCGUUGGUCUCAAGCGUAGUUUAUGUGAUUACUAUGCCGUCAUUAUCCAGUUAUGCAUCAAGAUCAUUGAGAUCUCAAAACGGACGCCUGUUACGCAGAUGUUAUCCUCAAUCUGGAAUCCCUUCGAGGCCGAAUUCAAACGGUUUUUAGAUCAGCUUGAUGAAGCUGUGAAGGAUAUACAGCUGCAGCUGUCAUAUGCCUCGAAGAAGGCUAACGCGGAUGCUAAAGGUCUUCUUGAGCGUGAAAGCCGCGGCAACUCCGCGUUCCGUCGACACACUUUGAGAUUCCAUAAAGAGUCUAGAAAUGAGUACGCUAAGGCGGAACAGUCGCGACUCGACAGUGUGAAAAGACAAGCUGCGGAAUUGAAAUCUGAAAUCAGAGAUAGUCUUUCUAGCAUCGAUUACGAUAAGCCUUGGAAACAAGCUUCACGGCAACGUGUUCCCUCUACAGCUGAGUGGCUACAGAAGGAACCACUCUUUCUUCACUGGAAAGACCGUUGGGAUACAGACAUUCUCUGGUGCUCUGGUACUCUGGGGGUGGGUAAAACGGUGCUUAUGUCAAAUGUGGUUGCCCAUCUACAUGCGUCCCGCGAGCCUGGCGAUAUUAUAUCUUACUACUUCUGUUCGCCCGACUAUGAAGCAUCUCUGUCAGCGAGAAACAUUUUUGGAAGUCUUGCUCGUCAAUUGUUGGACACAGAGAUCGAGGCUGCGGAAAACCAUAGUCUACAACGCUUAUAUGAGGAUAGCCGGGAUCUCAAUACGGCUGAGACUAUUCAGUUCUUAUUAACUCACCUCAAAGAUGACAAGAAAUAUUAUAUCGUCCUCGAUGGUCUUGAUGAGUGUGACGGUAGCGAGAUUCAACAGGUUGCGCAAGGCAUAGCGAAACUCUGUAGUACUCGCGUUAAGGGGCUCAAACUCCUUUGCACUGGUCGCCCUGGGCUUGAAAGGCAGUUGUUCAGAAAAAUCCAACCUAACUGCAAAAUUGCCGUGACUGAGAGAAAAGUUGAGUCUGACAUGGACCAAUACAUUGCGACGACUCUCGGUCGUUGCCUAGAUGAGGAACAGUUGAAGCUGGGGGAUCCGACACUUAUCAUGAGCAUAUCCAACGCACUUCAUGAUGGAUCUAAUGGAAUGUUCCUCUGGACGCGUCUUUUGAUAGAAGAGCUAUGCGCACAGGGGAGUGACAAUGACAUCUUAGCGGUAUUAAACCAUCUGCCACGUGGGCUGUCUGAAAUCUUCGAUCGAAAGCUACAUCGAGUCCGGAGUGGAACAACAGCAAAGGAUGCGAUUGCAACUCUCCAAUUCUGUGGCGUGGUAAAACGAUCUUUGACAGUCAUGGAGUACCAGGAAGCCUUGAGUCUGAGCCCGGGACAAACUUCUCUUGACAGCCAGAAAUUUCCCAAUGACAUGAACAAGGUCAUGCGUAAUUGCUGUGGCUUAGUCUCCGUGGAUGAAGAGGACAGCACCGUGCACUAUGUCCAUCAUAGUGUGAAACAACACCUUUUCAGCAUCAAGCAUUCGUUAUCAGACGAAUUCGAUAUCAAGAAUCUCGAUCAGCAUCUCGGCUUACUUUGUAUGACCUAUCUCGACUUCACUACUUUCAGACGACAGGUAGCCAAGGUCACCGAGGGCUCGAACACUCCAAUAACCCCUAUUCAACUUGGAAUCACCCCGAUAUACCGUUCACGAAAUGAUACCAGUCGAAUGGCCAUGAAGUUACUUUCCCAUCGUCAGCACUUGCGGCAUCUCAGCGCCCGAGAGUUAGAAAGAAAAUCUCGAAAAUUGUUCAAGGAUCUAGAGCCUUCACGUCUCGAUAAGGACCUCCAGAAUCGGGACUUCCAGUUUCUCGACUACGCGCGCUCUUGUUGGGUCCACCAUGUGACAGACCUGAGCCCUGCGGAUACUCAGAUGUGGAAAUUCUUUAGCCGUUGUGUAGACGGCGAUAUUAUUCUUGCACACAGACCAUGGAAGUCAACGGAUCAGACUGACGACGAAAGAAACGAUAUACCAAGAGCGAUACAGUGGCUUUUGACGCAUGGUCAUUUCACGUUGUUUUUAUACUACGCGCAGAACGAGUCGGACAUUUUGACUGAAAAGGUCAAACUUGACAUCCUUAAAAACGCCAGAAUUCAAGAUCGCGGUCGCUUCACUAAGUUGAUCAUUCAACAAAUCGGCAAUUCUCUCGAAAUAAGAAAAUACGCAUUGUUCAAUGCUGUGAGAGAAGGAGACGCUGCUUCAGUCGAUGAUUUACUCCGAGAGGGGAUGGAUGUGAUUGCUCGGGUAGAUAACCGAACAGCGCUUCAAGGAGCGGCAGAAGGAGGCCACCUCGAGGUAGUUGAACGACUAUUGGCUGCGAAUGUCGAGGUCAAUACUCCCGUUGAAGGGAAAGAACAAACGGCCCUCCAAGCAGCAGCAGGCGGUGGUCAUCUCGCAGUGGUCGAGCGACUAUUGGAGGCAAACGCUAAGGUUAAUAUUCCCGAUAACGGGGAAGGACACACAGCACUCCAAGCCGCAGCAGGUGGGGGCCAUCUCGAGGUGGUUGAGCGACUAUUGAAAGCAAAAGCUAAGGUCAAUUCUAUAACUUCGAUGGAAGGGCGCACAGCAAUCCAAGCAGCAGCAGGCGGGGGUCAUCUCGAUGUGGUUGAACGACUAUUGAUGGCAGAUGCUAAGGUUAAUACUCCGAUUAACAGGGAAGGACGCACUGCACUCCAAGCAGCAGCAGGAGGAGGUCACCUGGAGGUUGUUGAGCGACUGCUAGAAGCAGAAGCCAAUGUCAAUGCUGCUGCUAGUGGCUUGACGGGACGAACAGCACUUCAAGCGGCAGCAGAGGGAGGUCACAUUGAAGUGGUGGAGAAACUGCUAGAAGCAAAAGCUGAUGUCAAUGCUGCUGCUUCUGCUGAUGGAUAUACAGCACUUGAGGCAGCAGCAGCUGGAGGUCACCUCGAAGUGGUUGAGAGACUGCUGGAAGCUAAAGCCGAGGUCAAUCCUCCUACUUCUGGCGGUAGAUAUGCGCUUCGACUAGCAGUAAAGGGAGGUCACACCGAGGUUGCAGAGAGACUAAGACAGGCUGGGGCAGUGUUAGAGAUUAUCUACGAGAUGGAGUAG